AUGCUGACCUCUCCCAUCUCCUCGGCAGGGUUCGUGGUGGGCCAUGCCGGGUUGUACCAAGCCCUGGCCAUGUUCGCGGUGGCAUACUUCAUCAUUGGCAUGACUGUGCUCUCCGUGUGUGCCAUCGCCACCAACGGGGCACUGGAUGCUGGAGGAGCCUACUAUAUGAUUAGCCGUGCCUUGGGCCCAGAGUUUGGGGGCAGUAUCGGGAUCAUGUUUUUCUUGGCCAAUGUGUGUGGCAGUGCCCUCUACGUGCUGGGGCUGGUGGAGGCGGUGGUUGACAGCUUUGGCAUCCCUCCCGGGCAAAAAGCGGGCACAGGUGUCCAUGUCCUGCCCCAGAGCUACUGGUACGAGCUGCUCUAUGGCACUGUGCUGCUGGCCCUCUGCCUCCUUGUGUGCCUCGUGGGCGCCUCCAUCUACGCUAAGGCCACCUUCCUCAUCUUCCUCAUCGUUGCGGGUGUCUUGGGCACCAUCCUUGUCAGCUUCUUCGCCACGCGGCCCAUCGGGGUGCCCAUCCGCUUGCCCCGCUUCAACGGCUCCGAGAUCGAGAAUGGCUCCUUCACCGGCUUCUCCCUCGCCACCCUGCGAGACAACCUGGGGGGUGGGUACGCGGUGGACUACACCACCGGGCAGAUGAUGAGCUUCAGCUCCGUCUUCGCGGUGAUGUUCAACGGCUGCACUGGCAUCAUGGCAGGCUCCAACAUGUCAGGGGACCUGAAGCGCCCAAGCUACUCCAUCCCGCGGGGCACCAUCUCUGCUGUGCUCUUCACCUACCUCGUCUACAACCUGCUGGCUUUCCUAAUGUGUGCCACCUGCAACAGGACCCUCCUGCAGAAGGACUAUGGUUUCUUGCGUGACAUCAGUAUCUUCCCACCCCUGGUCACUGUGGGCAUCUACGCUGCCACCCUCUCUGCAGCCAUGAGCAACCUCAUCGGGGCAUCCCGCAUCCUCUAUGCCCUGGCCCGGGAUGAUCUCUUUGGCCGGGCGCUGGCGCUGGCCAAGAAGACGUCUGCCAGUGGGAACCCGGUGAUGGCGGUGAUCCUCUCCUGGCUGGUGGUGCAGCUGGUGCUCUUCUCUGGGAAGCUCAACACCAUCGCAGGGGUCGUGACCACCUUCUUCCUCCUGGUUUACGCCACUGUCAACCUGGCCUGCCUGGCACUGGAGUGGGCAUCAGCCCCCAACUUCAGGCCCACCUUCCGGUACUUCACCUGGCACACGUGCCUGCUGGGCAUCGCGGGCUGCUGUGUCAUGAUGUUCCUCAUCAGCCCCGUGUCAGCCUCAGCGAGCCUGGGCUUCCUCCUCAUCCUCCUCCUUGCUCUCCACUACCUCUCGCCCAGCAGCACCUGGGGCUACAUCAGCCAGGCCCUGAUCUUCCACCAGGUGCGGAAGUACCUGCUGAUGCUGGAUGUGCGGAAGGACCACGUCAAGUUCUGGCGCCCGCAGAUGCUGCUGAUGGUGCAGAACCCACGGGGCAGUGCCCGCCUCAUCGACUUUGUCAAUGACCUCAAGAAGAGUGGCCUCUAUGUCCUGGGCCAUGUUGAGCUGCAGGACUUGGACACGCUGCCCUCAGACCCGCUGCAGCCCCAGCAGGACUCGUGGCUGAGCUUGGUGGACAAGCUGAAUGUCAAGGCCUUUGUCAGCCUCACCCUUGCACCCUCAGUGCGACACGGCGUCCGGCAGCUCCUCUUCACCUCUGGCCUUGGCGGGAUGCGCCCCAAUACCCUGGUUCUGGGCUUCUACGAUGACGAGGCACCGCAGGACGGUCUAGCCCGGCACCCCGCCUUCACCAGCGCCCGUGAGGAGGUCCCCCUGGGCUUCCCCCCUCUGCGGGCACCCGCCACCCCCAAGCUGCUGUCACCCCGGGAGUACGUGGGCAUCGUGGCUGAUGCCCUGAAGAUGCUUCGCAACGUCCUGCUGGCCCGGCAGCUGGAGAGCCUGGACAAGGCCUGGGAGCUGCGGCGGGCCGCCAGCCCCCCGCCCACCAUCCACGUCUGGCCCGUCAACCUGCUGCGGCCCGACAGCGCCCGCUACGCCGACACCUGCAGCCUCUUCCUGCUGCAGAUGGCCUGUGUCCUCAACAUGGCGCGGGCCUGGCGCCGGGCCCGCCUGCGCCUCUUCCUCUGCGUGGAGGCGGGCGCCAUGCCCCAUGCCCAGGAGGAGAAGCUGCGGCAGCUCCUCAAGGACUUGCGCAUCCAGGCCCAAAUCCAGCUGGUGCCCUGGGACGCCGUCACCCGCCUGCACUGGCAAACCCGACGCGGACCCCCGGGGGGACCAGCACCCGCCGGGGCAGCGGAAGAGGAGGAGGAAGAGGAAGGGGCUGUGAACUUCCCGGCCAACACCACGCAAGUGUCGGAUGAGUACGUCUGUGCUGCCAACAAACUCGUCCUGGAGCAGAGCCCCGCACCGGCCGUACGCUUCCUCUACCUGCCGCGGCCACCAGCCGACACCAGCCUCUACCCGCUCUACUUGCACCAGCUGGAGCUGCUCACCCGCGGGCUGGGCCCCACUGUGCUGGUGCACGGGGUGAGUGCCGUCACCAGCACCCAGCUCUAGGUCACCCUCGGGUCCCCCCUGGCUCCCUGCACCCUCCUUCGCCCAGUGCCUUUAGCAGCCUGAUCCUGGGGCUGUCCCAGCCCCCCUGUUCCCACCUGGCGGGCAGGUGGGUGCCCCACACUGGGAGGUGGGUGCAGGGGGGUGGUGGACGGGUUGGUUUUUGGGGGAUGUCUCUUGCAGAGGAUUAAAGCUGCCCU